GUCGAAUGAGCCCAUGAUAUGAACUUGGCUACGACGUUACCAACUUUCUGGGCCUGAAUCUCAAAGGUUAAAAGGCACCAUUUCUUUCAGAGUCCACCGGAGGUUUCAGAGAUGAAGUUCACAGACUCGCCGGUGAUCGACCUUCCGGUGAUGGAUAAAAAACUCUCUGUCCAGCAAGACAACGGCUCGAUGCAUGUGGGCACCAGCGUCUGGCCAUGCUCACUCGUCGUCGUUAAGUUUGCCGAGCGCUGGCACCCGUCGGCAUACGCUGCCGCUGACAACCCCUACUCCGAUCUCCUCGACUUCAGAAACAAGAGCGGCGUCGAACUCGGAGCUGGCUGCGGAAUCGCCGCUAUGGGCCUAUUCUUAUUGGGCCUCAACGACGUCGUCCUCACCGACAUCUCCCCCGUCAUGCCGGCUCUAAAGCACAACCUGAAGCGAAACAAGCAAGUUUUGAACAAAUUGCUGAAAACGGCUGUUUUGUAUUGGAACAAGCAGGAGCAGAUUAGCGCCUUAGGAAAGCUCUUCGACUUUGUCAUCGCCACUGACGUGGUUUACCUGGAGGAAACGGUGGCCCCUCUAAUCUCCGCCGUGGAAUCCCUUCUCAAGGAAGACGGCGUCGUUUUGCUUGGCUACCAGCUUAGAUCUCCCGAGGCACAUAAAAUGUUCUGGGAGCUCUGCCCGGAGGUUUUCGAUAUCCAGAAAGUUCCACACGAGCACUUGCAUCCAGAGUAUGCUUACGAGGAGACCGACGUAUAUAUACUCCGGAAGAAGAAACCAUCAUCUUGAGGGUCAACUUUUUAUUUCAGAAGUAGGGAAAAUAUCGAUUGCCCUGCAGACUGUCCAACAUAAUGAACAGAUCGUCUAAACUGAUAAUGAAGCAUAACAGUUUCAUAUCUGAAAAGGUCCUUGUCUUCUUAUUUUAUAGACCAAACACCAUAUUUUAAGUUGCUUUGUAUUGCUAUUCUGGUUCAUCACUUCAUUGUUGUACCUCUUUUUUCAAACUCAACUCUGAGUUUUCUAAUGAAGGUGCAUGCAACAUAUUCUGUAAGAUAUUAAAUCUGCAAGAUUUUUUAAACUUG